AUGCCGUACGAUCCCUACGCGAAGCGCGACCUUAUCGGCUACGGCCAGACGCUGCCCCAGGCCCAGUGGCCCGGAAAUGCGCGAGUCUGCAUUUCCUUUGUGGUAAACUACGAAGAAGGCGGCGAAAACACGCUGCUGAACGGCGAUGCAGGCGCCGAAGUGUAUCUGACCGAGUACGGCGCACCGACCGGCCCUGCGCCGAAUGGCCUGCGCAACCUGUCGGUGGAGAGUUCGUACGAGUAUGGAUCGCGCCGUGGGUUCUGGCGGCUGAUGGACCUCUUUAAAAAGUUCGACUACCCCUUUACCUCGUGGGCCGUCGGACGUGCCGUCGAGCAGAACCCCGCGGCGGUUGCGGCGAUGGAGGAUGCGCGCGGCGAGGUCGCGAGCCACUCGUACCGCUGGAUCAACUAUGUCCAGGUGCCUGAGGACGAGGAGCGUGCGCACAUCAACAAGGCGAUAGACGCGAUCCACGACGCAAGCCCCUCGGGCGCGUAUCCCUUGGGAUGGUACACCGGCCGCCAGUCGCUCAACACGCGCCGCCUGGUGUACGAAGAGUACAAGAAGCGUGGCCUGCAUACCAAGCUGUAUGAUUCGGAUGCGUACGACGACGACGUGCCGUACUAUGUGCCGGCACCGGACGGCACGCCGAACGAGCACUUGCUCGUCAUUCCCUACACGCUGGAUGUGAACGACAUGAAGUUUGCCAACACGCCGGGCUUCUUCAACAGCGACUCGUUCUACCAGUACAUGGUCGACUCGCUCGAGACGCUCCUUCUCGAGGGCGACGAGGCGCCGCGCAUGAUGACCGUCGGGCUCCACUGCCGCAUUGUCGGCCGGCCGGGCCGCGCGUGCGCCUUGCGCAAGUUCCUCGAGUACGUCCAGCGCAAGGACGCCGAGCUGCGCGCAACCGGCGGUGGAAUCUGGGUCGCGACGCGUGGCGAGAUUGCCGAGCACUGGCGCAGCGUGCACCCCCCUCUGUAG